CAGACCUUCCCACACGACGCCCCACCAUGCAGACCCUGGCAGUGUUAGCGGCGUUGUUGGCGGCAGCAGCAGCGGCCACGAUCCCCGAGCAGGAGGCGCUGUUGAUCACCGUGGAGUUACCAGAUUACGGGUUCUUCCAUGAGAAUAACGCCUCUACAGCAGCCCCUGCCCAACAUGGCGACCAUCAGCCGGCAACAACCAGCCGGCCAAACAACGAGCAGCUCACAUAUGCAGAUUCUGAGCCUCAGAGUCCACCACCGGCCCAGCCUGAGGACAAUGUAGCGAACCACGAGGCACCUCUUGAGCAGUCCAUCCAGCAGCCUCACAGCCAGCCAGAGACCCCGGCAGUGGAGGCUGUGCACACUGUCCAGGCGGCUGGUGAAAAUGUCACCCACGAUACACAGCACUCCAACACUUCCCACGCAGCCCCGCAGAGCUCGCAGGCCGACCAAGCCCACCAAGCAAAACCAGCCCAGCCAGCCCACCAGUCCCAGACAGCCCACCAAGCCCAGCCAGCCCAUCAAACCCAGCCAGCCCACGAAGCCCAGCCAGCUCACCAAGCUCAACCAGCCCACCAAACCCAGCCAGCCCAGCCAACCUACCAAGCCCAGCCAGCUCACCAAGCCCAGCCAGCCCACCAAGCCCAGCCAGCCCACCCAGCCACACCAGCUCAGCCAGCCCACCAAGCCCAGCCAGCCCACCAAGCCACACCAGCUCAGCCAGCCCACCAAGCCCAGCCAGCCCACGAAGCCCAGCAACCCAAGCAGGACAAGCAAGCCGCGCCCCUAAAGGAGGCGGCCUUCACAUCUGCACAGCCCCGUCAGAGUUACAACACCCAAGAGACCACGCCAACACCCCAGGCUGAAAUUACCUCCGCCGCGCCUCAGGAGCCUCUAAACCUCUCGUCGGGCGCCAGCUUCAUGCUGGGCGCCAUUUCCACCACCUUCAGCUGCCUCGACCGUCCCUAUGGCUACUACGCUGAUCCAGACAACCACUGCCGGAUCUUCCACGUGUGCAACCCUUCCCUCUUAUCUGACGGCAGCGUUCACACCUACCAGUACAGCUUCAUGUGCGGCGAAGGGACAGUGUUCGAUCAGAAGGAAAUGACGUGCGUGGCGGAGUGGGCGGCCACCCCCUGCACGGAGGCAUCCUCCUUCUACCUCAGGAACCAGGAAUUUGGACAGGUGCAGGAAAGGCGCCCUUGACCGCAUCCAGUCGCCUCUGAUGGGCCAGACCAGGGGCGAAGCGCUCCUUAGCUCUUCUUUAGAAAUAGAACAGAGUAUUUAUGUUACGUUAUAUUAUUUCAAAAGCUAUAUAAGCCACUGUGUGUGUUGUACAGUAUCUAAUAAAAUAUAUAUAUCAUG